AUGCCGCCGACCAAGUCGUCGAGGUCGAGCAAGGCAUCCAAGGCAGCCAAAGCCAUUCUGCAUCCCAAGUCGACCAUCGCUGCAGCCAAAUCGAGUAACACGCAACGUGCCAGCAUGGAGUCGUCGUCCAGUCGAGAUGCCCCUCAAUCCGCAGAUGCGCCCGCUUCUACCGUCAGAAGAGCACCCUCGAAUACCAGCAUCUCCUUCAACCUGGCCAAACCACUUCCUUCGGCACCUUCUUCCACUGCAAGUCCAGCGUCUGUCAAUGCUAGCUUGCCGCCUGCGGCCUCGGCUCCGACUCCGCCUCAAUCUGUGCUUGCACCUGCCAUCAACACGGACAUUCUCAGCAUGAAGAAGCAGGCAAUGGAACGAGUGCCACCUUUACUCCCUGCUUCACUUCCUCCAGCAAUCGCACGGGCCUCGAGUGGAUACACGUCUGCUGCACCUGGUGCUGCUGCUCCAUCUACAAAGGCGGCUGACGCUGCUGCGCCAUACACGAUCAAUGACACCUCCGCUGCCUCUGCCAAUGCUGACCUUCGAGCCAACGAAUCGGAUUUCAUCGACGUGCCUGUAUCAGAGUCGGCCACCAAUGAUGCAAAAGAAAGCGAGGCUUUUGCCGCGGAGGUUGCAGCCGUAAUCUCCAAGUCGGAACCGGAUGCGCGCGAGCCAUCGAACUUGCAAGCCGUGGCAGCAAAUGGCCCAGCUAAGAACCUCGUCUCCGAUACGAUUGCAGAUCUGCAAAAAGGCGAGAGCGCUUCACCUCCCCCCGCUGAGCAGCAGGCCACCCCGCUUUCGACCGACCAAGUGAGCUCCACAGCUGCCGCUGCUGCCAGAGUUGCUACCUUUACACCUCCCGAACUCACGCGUCUGCAACACAACACGUUUGCGUCUCGACCCUCGGAUGCAUCGCGUGCGUCGCUGCGAGACCUUGACCCUACGGUGCUUCCCACACCGCUACGCCCGAUCGAUCGACAGGCAGGGAUCGUGCGAGCGCCCAGCCACGUGAUCAUCUUUGGAUGGAUGGACGCACCCAUUCGGCUCGUAGCCAAAUACGCGCAACCGUACACGGUGCUCUUUCCCAAUGCCACCGUGCUGAUCCAACUGUCGGACGGCAAAAGCUAUCUUGCGCGUGAGGACGUCAGGAGAAAGCAGCUCCAGCGCGUCAUCGCCGAAAUCUCGUCUUCAUCCGCAGCCAGUGCAGAAGACAGGCCGAUCAAGAACAACGAGGCGAAGGAUGUGGGCGAUUCGACCGUAACGCUGAUCGAUCACAGCGAAGCUCUCUCUGCGACGUCGGAGGAUGGCGCAAACCAAGCCCCGCAGCAAGGCGGAUUCGUGAUCCACAGCUUCUCGGACGGAGGUGCCGGCAACCUCGCGCUCUUCCUGGACGAGAUGACGCGUCGAGGGGCAACUUUGCCAAGAGUUCAUUCGCUCAUCAUGGACUCUAGCCCUGGCAAGUCCAAUCCCAAGUCUGGCUCGGUAGCCUUUACCAUGCACCUUGCGAACCGACCACGGCUGAGGGCCAUCGUCCGCUUCUUUGUCUACAUCGGGCUGUACCUUCUCAAAAUCUGGACAAAGGUGACGGGCCAGCCGGGCAGAGGAGAGCUGAUGCGCAGGCGACUCAAUUCGCUCCGAAGUUGGAGCUGGGUCACAGCUUCCUACACACCCAAGUCGCAGGCGGAGCACAAGUCGGCAAACGCGAGUCCUGAAGCACAGUAUCCGCCAAGGAUGUACAUGUACACCAAAGCGGACAAACUUAUCCCGUGGCAAUUUGUCGAGGAGCACGCCGAACAGCUUGCGAGUCUGCGAAAGAUCCAACCCAGGUUGGUGCAGAUGGAGAAGCAUGACGACAGAGAAGCCUUGCUGAGCGCUGUCAAGGCGAAGGAGCAGGCCGAAUCGGCCGAUUACAAGGUCGAGUUGAAGAGAUGGGACACUCCGCCUCACUGCAGUAUCGGUCGAUCCGACUUCGAAGGAUACUGGGCUGCUGUUAUGGACUUCUACGUCAACGUGCUCAGUCGAAGCUAG